UUAAGGGAUGGUCCAACAGACCACGUAUUUGGGAAAUAUAUUGUGGAUCAUUCGAAACAUAAAAAGCCCCCCCGUAGGAUAAAUAAUAACAGUGAGUACAAUUUGGGGCGAUGUGAUCAGUGAAAGGGUCCCCACCCAACUCCAGGCCGUAUAUAUACCGCCUCGCUCCAGUCUACCAGCAUCAGUACCUCACAGGGCAACUCCACAACCUACAAUGGCAUUCAAGCUCGUACUCUUCUCCGCCAUGGUGGCCGCCGCUUACGCUGGAGUCGUCCCAGCCUACGCCGGCCACGGCUACGCCAGCCACGGCUACGCCGCAGCCCCUCUGGCUUACGCCGCCCCAGCUUACGCUGCCGGACCUAAGGCCAUCGUCGACGAAUACGACCCACAUCCACAGUACUCCUUCGCUUACGACAUCCAGGACGCCCACACCGGAGACUACAAGUCCCAGCACGAAUCCCGCGACGGAGAUGUCGUCCACGGAUCUUACUCCCUCGUCGAACCUGAUGGCUCCAAGAGGACCGUCGAGUACACCGCUGACCCACACAACGGAUUCAACGCCGUCGUCCACAAGGAAGGAGGAGUCCACCCUGCCCCAGUUAAGGUCGCCGCCCCCGUCGCCUAUGCUGCCCCUCUGGCUCACGCAGCUUACGCAGCACCCGUCGCUCAUGCAGCUUACGCAGCACCUGUCGCUCACGCAGCAUAUGCCGCUCCAUCCCUCAGUUACCACCACUAAGUCUGCCAAAGCCAACCUUCGCUCAUUUUUUAUACAAACAUUUUGUAAUAUAUUUAUAAUUACUUUUUUAUU